UAAAAUAUCUAAAAUAAAAAAAAAUGAAAAAAAAAACAAAACUAUGUUUUAAAAAAGAGAAAGUGGUAGGCACUACUAGCUUCAAAGUCACAUUUGAAGGGUUACUUGCAGCAUGUAAGUUGAAACUUUCACUCACUAAUCUUUCACUCUUUCACAGCACUUACUCCAUAUUUCUUUCCUUUUGCAGGACACCCUAAGUAUGGAACAAAGGAUUUUAGUUUGCCCACCCCUAGUUGGGGGUCAGGAUUACCAACACUUUUAAUUCAUAUACAUGUAAUAGGAUUUCCCAUCACUGAUAUGACAAAUGACAACAAACACAAUUGCUUCAAACAACACACAUUUAUUCAAUUUGUAGAACUCUGAAGUCAGAAAUAAAUCUCAUGAGGAUAAAAUCAAGUAGCAGUGUGGUGGGUUUCUGGAGGCACUGAGAAAAAUUAAUUUCAUUGCCCUUCUCAGCUUCUAGUGGCCUUUAUAUCUCUUGGCUCAUGACCAUUUGAUCCAUUUUCAAGGGAUAUCACUCCAAUUACUGAGUCACCAUUACACAAUCAUUUCCUCUUCUGUAGUCAAUUUAUGCCCUCCUCUCUCCCAUUUUAUAAGGACAUUUGUACUUACGACUAGUACUAGGACCACCCUGACCAUCCAAAAGUAACCUUUCAUCUUGAGAUCCUUAUUCACAUCUCCAAUGGCUCUUUUGCCACUUACUGCAGCAUCCAUAGAUUCUAGAGAUUAAAAUAGAAAUCCUUGGGACAUUAUUACAGGGCUUAGACACUGCAAACUAUAACAUGGACACUGUAAAAUAACAUGGUAAGCAUGGGAUUGUUUUUUUUGCAGUGGUCUAAUGGUGUGGUCAAGAAAUCUUUCAUUGAAAUGAGGACGUAGCCUCUGUUACUAUCUCAGGGAUCUCAGGCCAGUGUGGAAACAGAGUAGGAAAGCAAGUUCCUCAUCUUGAUUCAUUUGUAAGUUUGGAUCUUGAACAGAAGAUGGUUUUCUUCAGGCACUUACCCUCCACAAAGCAGAGAAAGGAUAAAGUCACCACAACCAGUGUGCUGAUUUUCGUCACCAGAUUCAUGCUGGAUGUUAGAUGGCUGCUUGAGUAGCUGAGUUCAUUCAGAGGACAAGUUAAUCAUUAAAUGGAGUCUGAAAGGAAGAUGGAGUUUGUAAUGUUAAGCUGGGCCCUUCAAUAGCUACUGCAGACAAGUUGCAGGCCCAGGUCUCCCGCAUUCACAUCCUUGGGGCUGCUCACCCAUGCCCCCAACAUCAGGGUCAGCUCUCCUGUGCUGCCCAGGUGGUGUGCAGGGCCCGCUCUCCAAAGUGAGCAGUGUGUUCCAAGUGUACCAAGCUUCAGCAGGUGUCCUUACUGAGCUUGAAGAAGCAGAUCGUGGAACAAUGUGUUAUAAAUGUAAGAAAUAUCAUCUUGGGUUAUGCUAUGAAGUCAUGACAUCCUGCACACUGAAGCACAGACAGUCCUGUGCUGCUGAGAACUUUUACAUACUCACAAACAAAGGGCAGAGCAUGUAUCAUUAUUCAAGACUGUCAUGUAUGACCAACUGUGAGGACAUCAACUUCCUGAGCUUUGAAAGCAGGACAGAGCUAAUUUGUUGUAAGCACAGUAGCUAUUGCAACCUCCCAAUGGGACUCUAAUUCUGAA